CCUCUGUUUCCAGUGGUGAAGCGUGCGCCUCUCUCUUUUUCCGUUUCCAGUGCACAAAAAGAAAAGUUCCGGCUCACAUUUACUGUUUCUGUUCUCUGUCCCGCUGGCGAAAAGCGGCCCUCAACGCCCCGCACGAUAGCCAGACAGCGGGUGCCAAGGAAGCCACAGUGUCCGACUGCAGCGAGCCUAAAUGCUAGCUGUGCGGAUUUCCUUCUUCACCAGGAAAUUUCAUCGGUGUUGGGAAUCAACUAAAUGCGUGAAUUCGUCUGCCAGUAACGUGCGACGCUGCACGCUUUCCGUUUGUCGGCAGGACGAGAGAUGUUCUGUGCUCUCCUAUUCACACACCGCCAGGCAAAUCCGCUUGAGGUAAUCCCAGGGACUCGCUUGAAAAACCAUGACACUUUCCCAGCUUUUCCUCCGGAAUCCAAACAGACUUCCUCAUCAAGAUAAGAAGAAAGGUCCUGUCCCCAACCAAAGCUGUUUGCGGUUGAUGCACCGCUGUAAGACAGAAACUGAGUCUGUGCACAGGAAUUUGAGGCGUCUUCGCGUGUAGCGUGACUACGGUCGUAUUGUUUCGCCAGGCGCGAUUUGUGUCCCCGAAUAGCCUAACAAUGUGCAGAGAAAUUUACCUCCUUUCCUUGUAGGCUCUCAAGCCAAGACAUACAUUUUGUCCCACUUACCGACCAGAUGGAUCCAUAUCGGUAACAUCAAGCCACAGUGCCGAUUUCCGGGAAUCCUGAAAUCCAACGCACGGGGCAAUCAGCGUGAGGCGAAAGGACACGCUUUGCACACACCGGCGUCACAGCAGCAUAGGAGAGAAUUUUUCUAAAAUGCGGAUCUGCUUGCCACCAGUGCCUCAGGGAAGAGAGGCGGUUCCGGACGCGAGUGCCAAUGUUCGUCGUCAAGCCUUCUCUGAACGCUUCCGUCAAUGCGAGCACGAGCGUCUGCCGUCUGGGGUUCCACGACCACAAACUCCUCGAUGUUCGGGUACGAUUCUGAUUGAGCCGGCGCCAACCGGGACCAACAAUCGUCAGCAAGCACCCACCGGUCGCUGCAUGGACAUGUCGGGGAGUUGUGCAAGCGUCGCAGAAUCCGCAGCAGCUUGCUGCCUUUGGCAAACAAGCCCACGACGGUGGCGUCCGACGCCUAGGGAACCCAAAAUGUGUUUCUUUGAAGAACCCUCUCAGUCUUUACGGUUCCGGACGCCAUCUCCACGUUUUUCCUGUGCUGAAACGACGACCCGAAUGUGCACAACUCCGUGCUCUUCUACUGACGACCGUUGUACAUCACGUAGGUCCAUAUAUGGCACUCCGCAGAUCCAGACUUUUUCAGCAUCCUCUGCAGGAACCCAGGCUUACAUCAGGCCCCUCGGUCAAAGCUCGCGUUCAGUGUCCCCCUGGCAAAGUGCACUGGCGCCAGCGAGUUCCGCGGUUUCGUCGACAGAAACUACACACGGAAUCGGGAUAUAUGCCACUCAGAGUCAGCAAGCUUCUCACGUGCGGGUCACCGGCGGAGUCGACUCUAUUCUAGGUCCCAGCGCCCCGGCACCCACGGUCUCAUCUCCGUCUCAUAUCCCGGCAUUCUCUCAAAGUUCCUGCGGUUCGACGAACUCAGCCCCAGGAAAUGGACAAAGUACAUGGUGCCAGACUUCUCCGGUCACGGUGGGAGGGCAGGCGAACGCAUCUGCUCAGGUUAAAAUUGCACAGGCACCGGCUGCAGCGAGUUCUCAGCCAAAUUACUCCAGAGCGAAGACCACUCAGGCAGUUGUUGAACAGAAGAUGGUCCCGGAAGGCUACGAUAGGGUCGAACACAUGGUCCCGCGGUUACGCCCAGUGAGCGUCGUCGAAAAUCGCAUCGAGAUUCCUGUAGUCAAAGUAGUCGAUACGAUUGUCCAUAAACAAAAGAUCGAAGAGCGGAUUCGUUUUGUCGACAAACCUGUCGUUCAAGAGGUCGAGAAGUUUGUCGAGGUUCCAGAAGUAAUAUAUUCGGAUGUCAUCGUUGAGGUUCCUGAGAUUGUCGAAGUUAUCAAACACGUGCCCAAGGAGGAGAUCAGGGAGAAUAUUACGUACGUUCCACGUUUCGAGACGAAGAUUAUUCCCAAGUAUGUCGAUGUUCCAAUAAUUAAAAUCGUCGAUCGGUACGAGGAGGUACACGAAAUUCACGAGGUCCUGAAGCCGGUUGCCAAGGUCAAAGUCGUUGAUGUUCCAAAGGAAUUCACGCGCAUUGUUCCCAAAUACAGUGUUCACAAAACAAAAAGCAAAGUUUCUGUACCGGAUAUCCAGUACAAGGAAGUACCUCGGUACAGGAUGCGAUACGAACCCAAAAUCCUCCGCGACACUGUCAUUAACCACAUACCGCAAUACCUCGACAUCGAAGUUCCAUAUGAAGUCCCAAAGGUUACAGUUGUCGACCAACCUUUCUUCGUCACGACUUACCGAGAUCAUCAGUACCCUGUCCCAGUUUCUCACUCUGUAACACCUGUCUUGCUCCCUGGAGACCAUACUCAAGUCGUUGACGUCCCUGUCGAGAAGCCAUAUGUGGUCGUGCACGACAAAUUCACACCAAGACCGCCCAUUCCUGAGCUGAUUCCGGGCCAAGCAGUUCUUCGUGGUGUCACUCACCUAGAUAAAGAACGGCUAACAGCCGAGCAACAGGAACAACUUGCUCGGCAAACGACGCCGAGCCGUCCUGCGUCUCCUGAUCACCGCUUUUGGGAGAGAGAGAGGGAAGCUGAAUUACGUGCACCGCUUUCUCCGGUACACAUUCGCCCUCCUCGCCAGCGGAAAUUUUUUGCGGGUAUGCCUCGACAGUCCUGUGGCCCUAUGCCCAGUUCUGUUGAUGCACAGUGUUGCCAGUCACCGUGGACACAACAUGUGCAGCAGACCAACACGUUGUCUUAUCCGAACUGAAGCUCCUCCUUGAGGAGACGGAUUGUCUAGGAAACGGCGGUGGCCAUGAACACCUCCCUAAUGAGCAUGUUCCGUGUCCUACGUUUUUGGCCCUUGUUUUGACUGCGAAAUGUUUUAGAAAUAUGGAGGCCGCCAGUCGUAGCCGUGCCAAUGCUGACGGGAAAAGGAAGGUGUCAAGAACUUACCGCUUCUGGGCCUCAUAAAAGAGAGCGUCCACCUGACUGAAACCAUGUUUUUUUUUGUUUCUUGACGUUAGUACAGCUGUUCACUCGACUGCAUAUGGAUCUCAACAUAGCUGGACAGUUUUGGUGCUGAGGGCAUAUAAGAAAUUCAGAUCGCUCGUUCCUGACGAUGCAAAGAUGCAUUCGGGGCCCACAGAGUUUGUCGAAGGCAUCAAGCAGGUCGUGAGUUUUUUAGUUGCGAAAAGCGCCAAACCACGUCAAACGCCGAACAGUGUUGUCAUCAGUGUUCUGAGUGAGAACGCGAUCCACGACCUUGUACAGAAGCUGUAACUGUGGAAAUUCACUAGACUUGCCUGUGUUUGCAAUCUCAGUAUCUUGUUUCUAGUUGCACAACGCAAGCAAAAUAUGCUGGUUUUGAGUCAAAGGCACAGACCAUGCUAGCCAGACAGACGUACAUUGUGACUUGCAUCGACCAAGGGGAUCGAUCACACACACUGUAGGCGUUCAAAGUACCACGGCAUAAUGUUGCCAAAAAUUACGUCUCUAUCGGUUCUGUUUAAAGCGACGGAUCAGAUAACGUUCAACAGUGCAAAACGCGUCGGGACUCUUCGUAUGUCGCGAUAUCCGAUGCUUACGGAUAGAAACCAUCAAUGAUUGUUCAUCGGGCUUCCGUCGUGGCCGCGAGAGCUUAGGCUGACUGGUUCCACACGGGUCGGUGAAUUCUUCAGAUGGGGGCUGGACUCCAAAAAAACCAGUUGUCCCUCCAGUGCGCACCCACAGACAAGCGGCCCACCUGACGGACCCCAGUUGAUAAAUUAUCGAGAAUUCCCCCGGCCAGUUUGUCCUCUCAGUUUUCACUACCGGCCCUGUCUCAAUUGCACCACGUUCCGCGCCGAGUUUUGAGACCUAACACAUCGGGAGUCGGUCCAAGGUUCCUCCCAACAGCUCAGGGACCGCAUCAUUUGGUUUGCACUCUCCCGUGCUCGGAAACAUCAUCACAGCUAUGUCUCCCGUAAGUGUUAAUCUAAACGAAGCAAAAAUUGCGUCGCCACUGACAAGGGCAGGCAAAACUGCACCCCCCCGUCUUGUCAGACCGUUUACUUGACAGCCCAGCUAAUGUCGUGUGUUGCUUCAUCAGCCUGCUCUUUCAGUGCUUGGUGUGAACAGUUCUUCCAUGUGAAAAAGUGUAUCCAUAUUUCACCUCGCAUGUCGGGAAACUCGUAACCUUCCGACUCGGGGAUGUGCUGGAGGUAAACGCCGUCAUUCGAAAUGAAACACCUUAUUUGUCGAUUCCUAUGUAGGGCAACCUUUCGGGAUGAGCGAAAAGAGGUCAAAAGUGGCAAGAGGCGUCUCGCAACACCUCUGCCCACACCAGUAGACCAUUUUACGACGACGCUACAGCUCUGCCUUCCUACAGAUCCAAUUGCACAUCCUUUUUUGCAUCGCGCGAGUUCUUUCAGAAGACAGACACCAGACACGGGGUAGACGUUUCCGCAGUCUUUGACAUCCCUCUGCCCUACUAUUUUGGAAGAUGAAAAACGAAAUACAAAGAGGGAGAGACGGGAGCAGAAGAGACAGAGAAAAACGGAAAAAAGAGGCGAUGACAACAGGGCGAUAACGAUGUUCCCAAAACUCUGCAUAACACACAACUGUUCAUGAACUCCAAUAAAGGAAGAUGGAAUCGCUACACCAAACUCGACUUCUUCCUAGCAACCAACCAUAAAUUUUCUCCUGUAUCACAAGAAGGCCGUCAGAAAUAAUACAAAAGGAAAUCGAAAGUGGUAGCCAGAUAUCCUUUCUGCCUGGAAACUUUCCAUUUCCUUGCUGGAUGCAUCGCACAAGGAGACCGGAACAAAGUACGCCAAAAGCUCCAGAACACGACUGCAAUUUUGACGAUAAAUAUAAAACUCAAAAAUCUGCCCCCAUCACGUGAAUUUAGUCGGAGCUGCGUGCUCCUCUCAUACCCUUGGAACUGCAGCAUUCAGCUGAAUUCAUCACAUUUAUCCCUUCUAUGAAUGAAUACGUAUGUAUGUAUAUAUAUCUGCGGAUGAAUGGAAUAAAAAAUUCCUCUCGCGCCAGAGAAAAACGUGUCAGCCGAACAGAUACCGUGGGUACGUCCUGAUAAUUCCGGUUCAAAAGACGCGACAGCAAACCCAUGAAGCUCCUUGACUUAUGUGACCAGAGUUAGUUUUUCGAUCCGUGGCUCCAUAUUGCGGCUGAACGGCAUACCGAGGAGAAUCUGGAAAACCACGGUACCCAAGGACCAUGUGAGAAAUUAACUUUCGAAUUGAAAAACGCCUCUGGGACCGUCCUUCUUCGCGCCGUAACAAAGCAACUAUCCGCUCGACGCCCUUGUUCAUACACAGUGACACCAUUGCCUGCUCGUUACGCUACCAGUCAUCCACCGGUUUGCCGAGCCAACUGUUGCGCAAGCUCGACUCCACUUUGCGAAACAACUCUUGACUACCCCUGAGGAAGGAUCCUGUUCACAAGGUCCAGCUGCAAAGACUACGUGUUUCGUGGAUCACCAGCUGUAUAUGACCGCCUGAGGCGCGGGAUGGAACCAAAACGCAUCCAAAGAAACACGCCGACAUGUACCAAGACAUGACGGAGGCACCGGGAAAGCCACGCACUCUCGACUUGUCGCUACCCGCCUACACUCUACUUCUCCACCCUGUACCGGUAGAUUCAGGACGUAGAGGUGAUUAGGCAGAGAUCACGUAAUUGGAGACAAUGACCCAACGCACUGUGUCGCAUACGAAACCGCUGCGUGCCCCACUCCCACUCGAAUCGUGGACGCCGAAGGCUCGAAAAAAAGUCAGCGUAGGGAGUACCCGGCAACUUCCCGGUGGUGCCUGCGCGCUAACGACCCUCUCGCCGAUAUCGGCGGCGGAUAGGGAGUUGCAGCGAUCAGGCCUCUUCGGUCUUUCGGUUUCCACUUGUUAUCGUAUUUCCGCAGCGGCGGGUCACAGACUUCUCUGAAGCUGAACUGAGGGUCGUUCAUGAUCUGCAAAGCGCGCACGGGAUCAUAACCCGCAUAGUGGAGAAUCUUGUAGGCGAACUCCGGGCUAAAGGGUUGCCACCCAGGUCGCGUCUUCCAGUUCUGUGAGCAAGCCUUGACAAAGGCCGUCAUGUCUGCGUCGGAGCUGAUCGCCCGGUCCUGUCUUCCCUCUUGCUCGCGCCUCAACUUAAUGCGCUCCAGCGCAGACGGCGAAUACACCAGCCGUGCUGUGAGGCUCGGGUCAAGCACAGUGUCCAUGGGGGGUCGCGGCCAGCAGCUGCUGUCCAAGAAGAACGCGGGGAGCGCGGGAACUUGGUGGUUCGGACCAAUGUGGACAGUUGUGCUUCGAGUUGUCCCUUCAUCGACACACUUUGCAGGAUUCGCAAUGGGUACUGGACUGGUUCUGGCCACAGGCAGCGCGACCACGCUCCUGUCUCCCCGGACUCCACAUGCAGCAUUGCCGCUGCCCGCCGGCACAGUGUCCCGGCGCUUUCCACUCGCGCCCGCAGCAGACGCGACUGCAGGUUCCGCUUCGGAGCCUUCUCCCAUGGUCCCACUUCCUGCUUCAUGGCUAGCAGGCGACGCAGCGGGCUCACACAGAGCGCUACAGGCCCUGCUCGUCGACGCUUUCGAUGCCGCGCCCUCAUCCUUGGGUCCCGUACCGGCACAGGACUGCGGUUCCUGCGGAACUCUGCUUCUGUCAUGUUCCUUUUCCCAAAGCCCCUCUUCGGUCUUCGCCUCUUCCUCUGCACAUCGGAGACAGAUGUCGCAGACCCACGUCUCGUCCUCUUCGCCAUCUACAGCCCCUGACCCGUGGCCCUCCACAUGAGGCUUGCCGCUCCCAUUUGCGUCUGACCCAUCGUGCUGGAAUGCCGUUUGACUGCCUUCCACUGUCCGCGGCUGCCCGCAUAAACUGCAGCAGUCUCCCAGACUGGUUGCUUCGGCCGUGUCACACCUUCGCGAGUCAUUCUGCUCUCCGUCUCUGCCGGUUUUCGGCUCCUCAAAACCGCCGUUCUGUUGACCUACAUAAUCAGACAUGCCUUCGCGUCCCGUUGCCUCCUGGUCAUUCUUCGCGCAGCCGCCUUGACCAUUAGCGGGCGUCGCUACUGCCGCUAUGCAGCUCCUGUCCUUUCCUAAACUCCCGGGGCUCGGACGUCGCUCGUCUACACACUCGCCGCACCCUGCGGCGCGAGGUCGCAACCCGUUUUCCUCCCCCAUCGCGUCUGUUCCCUUCAAGCCUGCACUUUCGUGGCGCUGAGUUCCGAACUGCCCAGCUUCAGGGGACUCCUCUACCUUGAAUGCAGACGUCUCUUCCUCGCUCGACACCACCGAUACAGUCAGGCUCGUGUCUUCCCGCCCACUGCAGGUAGCGUGCGCAGCUGGAUCCCCGACUCCCGAAGACGCGAACUGGUCACCCGCGACGUCAAAAGACCUUUCCAGGAUUGCGGGCAGAUCCCUAGCAGCGGAAGGCUUGGCUUCAGGGAACGUCUCUCCCGCAGAAGUGGUCUCUGUUUCACGUCUGGCGGCCCCCGAGUCCGCUGGACCUGGCCAGGGGGGAAGCACGUCCGCUCGGCAGGAAGAAAGGCCUGCGCCGCCAGGAUUUGAAAGCGAGGCAGAGGAACGCAUGGAGUCACAAACGACGGAGGAAGGCGGUCCGACGGAGGAGUUUCCUCGACCGAUUUUAGCAGCGGGUAGAACACCCAGUGGUCCGGAAGGAGAAACUGCCGCGGGGCCGUCAACAGGUACAGAUGGAGACACAGGGAACGGACAGAAUCGAGGAGAGGCCGCAGAGACCAAGUGUGUCAUUUCGGCAGCGGCCUACAGACCACGGCGCCGUGCGCUUUGCCCACGCUAAAGAUCAUCACACGGGGGGAGAAACAUUUCCAGGGAACGCCGUCCAAAAAAACCGUAAGCGUCGGCGCCACAGCGCCUGCCUGAUUCGCCGAUCUUUACCUACGACGACGCAGUGUGCAUCACUUGGCAGGCGAACGGGAAACGCCUCUGAAUGCGAGAUCGCAGGUGGUGUGCUCCCGGCGUCAAUCUCCUACGGAGACGGCGACCUGAGGUAAAACCGUAGCGUAGUCUCUGAAACGCGGGCCGAAUUUAGCUCCUACACUGUCCGAACGCCAAGAUCUUCGCGCGGAGCUGCCCAUACAACCUCUUCAACCACGAGUGGUUGAGUGCGAACACAACAGCAGCGGCCACACCGAUUUCCCCGUGUAGAGUCGAUCGACGGCAAAUCCACGAUGCGCGAAACUCGUUUCCCAUAUGAGUACGUAUCUGUUUCUCAAUAGGCCAAGAGAGUACAGAGCGACACGAGGUCUUCCCCGCAGGGAUGCAACAUCGGGCGGGCACGACAAAAAACGGUGCGCCUAAAAAUGCUCCUACACAGCGUUGAGAGCAACGGCGGGGGUGUUGUCACUUCCGCUACUGAUUCGUCAACGAUGUAGCGUUGAGGAAAUGAGGUUACGGGAGUCCACUUUGGAUCUGGACACGGGCUUCCCAAGGAGUAACAAAAGGAUGAUAGUGCAACUUUACCGGUAUCCAGCGCCUCAACUAUCUGGAUGCAUGCUGACUGGCGACGUCAUAGGUUACAUCUGGUCGAGACAUAACCACCGAAAGACUGUUUUGCCCGGAGAGAGACUUUUCUACUGACUUCACCGUUUGCGCAACCGCUUUUCGCUCGUUAGCAAGCACUCAUGGCCAGAAGGGCACACAAAUGAAAGGAGAAGCUUGCAACACCUUUCAACAAUCCUCUGACCUGCGGCCUUUCUGGAAAAAAACUGGACUAAGGGUGUCCUCGAGCAAGCCGCCGCUUUUUUGCGGGUAGGCGGCGGGACGAGCACACGCGGCAAAGACCCCCCCCGCCUUUAGGGAGUCUUUGAAAAUUUGCCUUGAGCGAGGACACCGUGUUCCGUUCCCGACAAAAACAUGAAAGUGACUGGCUCUGCGUUGGGACACGGCUAGGGACGACUUUCCUUGCACGCCAACGGCCGCGUUCCUACGCCGUCAAACUUCGUAAGAUUCGCGAGGGUAAGGAAUGUGGUGUCGCCUGUGGUGAGGAAAAUGCAACGCAACGACCACGACGAAACAAAGCCGGCGUACGCUGAGAGUUGAUGCCAGCCACUGCACUCGAGUGGCUCAGGACCCAAAACGUUCCCCCUGCGACGAUACGGGACAGAAACUGGGACGAAAUCGGAGUAACACGCGACAAACAGAAACUGGACGAAGAGAGAGGGGUAAGGAGCGGCGAAAGAGGCAAGCUGCGCGCGACACAGCCCAGCACAGAGGGGGACGCAGGCGACGGACGACCGAAGGGUCGCGCGGAAAGUGCGGAGAGGAAACCGAGCCGGAAAGACAGGAAGAACUGCUUCGAAAGGGGAAAUAAUGUCUACAAGAUUCAAAAAAAGGAACACACAGAAUCGCAGCAGGUACGACUCUGGAACACCACAGCAGCUUCAAGCAGCGUGGUAGAAUAGAGCGGAUACUCGGACUCGUGUGCCUGGCGGAUUACUUCUGUGUUUGUGUAUAUGCCCAUUGAGUCCCGGAGCCUCUUCUCUCCUAGCCUCUUUUUUCGCAUGUUCCUGCGCACGCGCGUGCCGCACAGCGAACGCCACC